AUGGUCCUCUCCUUCAUCCUAAUCCAAAACCGCCAAGGUAAAACCCGACUCGCAAAAUGGUACGCCCCCUACAACGACGAAGAGAAGAUCAAGCUCAAAGGCGAAGUACGUCCACCGACUGGUCGCACCGCGCGACCAAAAAUACCAAUCCAAUUUCGUCGAGUUCCGCAAUAA